UUAUGUCCAAGUCUGUGUCCCAAGCUCUGAUUCUUUCCCAGGCACCAUUUCCAAAGGCCUCUGGAGCCCCGCUGCUGGUGUGCUACCAAACGUCCCUGUGCUCCUGCAUCUGCCAGGCUCCCUUACAGCACCUCAGGCAGAAUGAAUUCUCCCUUCUUCCUUCCGCCGUACUCAGCACAUAUUUCCAUAAUAACCUGCAUUCUCCAGGGUGCUCGUGGCGGUGGAAACUGAGGCCGAGUGCACACGGCUGCCAGAGACAGAGGCAGGUGCUUGCUGGGGACUUAGCACUGCCGUCUGGUCCCCUGCCCACCAGCGUCCGUGGUUACUGCUCAGCCCCCCGGGGCCUCUCCUUUCAAAUGAAGAUACUCCGCACCCCAGCCGGGCACUUGGGGGAUGGCGGAAGACUUCCGAGGGGAUGGUCGUGGACCAUCACCUCAGAGACGUGUGUCACACAGACGGACCUAUGGCGGGUCAUUCUGUUACUCUCCCACGUGACGACCUUCCAUCAGCACGGUCCAGGAAAAGGACCUGAUGAUGAAGCCCAUCCUCCGGUCAGCUUGGGGGCCCGCACUUUGCAAAGUCACUGGAGCAGAGCUGGUGUGACACCAGCCGCUGCUGGGGAAGUGUCCCCAACAUGGGCCACACUGAGGUGUCAUUGACCCGCCUGCCCCCAUCACUACGGCUGAUUCCCAGAGGCCAGUCCCAAGUCAUCCCUCGGACCCCGGCACCACACCAGAUGCUCUUGGGACCAGGAAGCCCCCCAGUCGUCACUGCCCUGCCCCCCACCCCCAGCCUGCACUCUGGCUCCCUGGAGCUCUGUGUCCAUGUCCUCACCUGUCCCUGACUCUGCCUUCCCCCAGGUCAUCACCCAUGCCGGUCCUUCUGCCGGGAGCCCUCUUCCACUCCCUCCACCUGUUUACCUACCCAAAGAUUGAUUUGUUCCCUGCUGUCUCCCCGGAGCCUCAAGCUUGGCAUGUGAUGAGCUUGGCAUGUGAUGGGGCUCCAUGGACACCCGGUGAAAGGAAGGGGGACACGAGCCUGUCACACUGCAUCAGCCGUGCGAGGUCUGCGACUGGGGUCAGCGGUUGCCAUCCCCGUCCCUCCCUGGAGCCAGCCUCCAGCUUGGCGGGCCUCUCAUACAUGCAGGGCUGGGCUGGCCCGUGGCUACAGGGGUUGCAGGCCAGAGGAAUCCCUGCCCCCACCAAGAAGUGACCACACCCCACUGCCCCUUAGAGUGUCUCAUCCCCAGAGUGGCCACCGCCUUCCACCUUGUCUCCCUCCCUCUACGGAUCAGAGCAGCCAGACCACCGUCUCCCUGUGGGGCCUUUUCUUCCUUCUCCAUCUAGACACAUUUCUCUCUGGCCUCCGGGUCACACUUCUGCCCCUGGCUGGAAUGCAUGUCCUGAGCAACCUCCCCCCACAACUUGGC